AUGCAUGCCAAAACAGCUGAGGAGCAGAGCCCUUUCCUUGCAAUGCUGAAGAAGGACAAUGAUAGCCAUCGAGAAGUCACAAAGAAGUAUGUAGGCUUUUGGCAAGAGGACGAACGUGAUGGGAGGAAACAGAACUACAUGUCCGUAGCAAACAGCUUCUAUGACCUUGCUACCGACAUGUACGAACAAGGAUGGGCUCAGUCAUUUCAUUUCAGUCGCUUUGCUAUCAAUGAACCGCUACUGCAAGCCCUCGCCCGGCACGAACACUACUUGGCAUAUAUGAUGAAUAUAAAGAAAGAUAUGACAGUUCUAGACAUGGGUUGUGGUAUAGGUGGACCCGCUAGGGAGAUUGCAGCUUUCACUAAGUGCAAGGUUGUUGGUGUGAAUAACAAUGGCUACCAAAUUCAACGAGCCGUUGCUUAUACCGAGAAGGCAGGCCUUGAUGGGCACGUUUCCUUUGUAAAGAACGAUUUCAUGGCCAUGGAGUUCCCAGAUAACUCCUUUGAUGCUGUAUAUGCAAUUGAAUCCACAGUCCAUGCCCCUUCUCUCCAGAAAGUGUAUGAGCAGGCAUAUCGCGUCCUAAAACCGGGAGGGACCUUUGCUGUAUAUGAAUGGGUAAUGACAGAUACAUACGACGAGUACAAUCCAGCCCAUUCUGCGAUCCGACUAGGAAUUGAACGAGGUAAUGGGAUCCCAGCAAUGAUGACUCGCAAGCAUGCUAUAGAGGCGAUCAAGGCGGCCGGUUUCGUGUUAGAGCACGCUGAGGAUCAAGCAGAAAUGGGAGACCAGAUCCCAUGGUACGCGCCGCUCGCAGGUGAAUUCCCAACUGGGCGCCUUUUGGAUUUCGGUGCCCUCCGAACAACGAAGCUUGGCCGAGUGACUGUGAACAUACUGCUCAGUGUCUUGGAAACGUUUAGAUUGGCGCCAUCAGGAAUUGCAGAAAUGGCGCGCGAGUUCUCCUAUGGUGCAGAUAACUUGGUCCGUGGUGGGAAGGAAGGGAUAUUUACACCCAUGUACCUGAUGGUUGGCAAAAAACCAGAAAUUUGA